AUGAUCACUCCUCUCAUCCCCACGCUUGCUCUCUCCCUACUCUCUCUUUUCUGCUCCGCUUUUGUUGUUCUUCGCAUUGUGAUCCCUAUCCUUCCUCCUCAUCCUUUCAGCAGACGGGUUUCGCCAUCGGAGUUCGGUCUUCCCAACUUCCGCCCUCUCUCUGCCGCAGACAAGAGUCAUGUUUGGCUCGCGCUAUGCGACAUGGCUGCUUUGACCGUCUUCGUCUGGGAAGCCAUCGCAGAGAAAGUGGGUGGACCGUCCGACUUCGACAUCGCCUCCGACCCUCUCGCAUCAGCCCGACUCUGGUUCGCCAUGACCCUUCAUCCAACUUGUCUCCUCGUCGUAUCUGCCAACACCCUUCUCCAUGUUCGGAUGGCCCUUCCCGUUUCAUUCGGUAGAAAACACUGGAUGUUAUGGGGCCCUUUGGUUAUCCUCGUCAUCACUUCAACCUCAAUCGCUGCCGUACUGGCUGGCUCCGGUGUGACCACCCUCUUCGUCGGUUACGUCGCGUACUCCUCUACCAUCGCUGGUCUAAGCACCACUGCUUUCCUCUCUCUCGUUGCCACCCUGCUGUUCAUCAAGCGCAACUUGAGCGUCACCGUAGAGGACAACUCGUGGCCACCGGUCAAGAACGGCGAACAGGAAAAGGCGCCCCGUAGAUCAUUCGCCACUGAGGACGUCGACAGGAUUAGGGAGGGCGCGUCUUGGCUUACCUCUCACCCAAGCGAUUAUCACGAGUCUCUUUCUGCAUUUUCUUUCUCUUCGCACCACAGUCACGUCCAACAUCCCGCCCUGGCCUCUCAACCUUCCAUCCCGGCCAAGUCGUCGUACUGGUUCAACCCUGGCACUCCCGUAAACGGCGUCGCCCGCCAGGAAUCCAUUCCUCCUGUUCCUCCGCUCCCACCUUCUUAUAAGACCAACGCUUCGCCAACAUCCCCAGACUUCGGUAUAGAUGCCGAUCCUUUUUACCGGGCAGAAUCUCCUCAUGCUGCUCGAGCUCGUAUCGGCUCUCAAAGUUCAUGGUUAUCUUCGAGUUCCGGGACUCGUGAGACGCUCUCUGCUUGGUCUUACCCCACCACGCACCAUACGCACCACGACUCGCACAUGAUGGCUGCCGUUGCGUCCACUCAAGAUCUUAAUCAAGAACUAUUACACACUCGCCCUAAUACUCCGGCGCUGUCGGGUGCUCAAGUCCUUGGCGGAUACGGAUAUUCUCCCUCCAAUGCUGAUCAGGAAAAGGGUCUCUCGUCUUUCUCAGACGUUGUCCCCACCGAUGUCAACAUCUCCAUCGGACGUAUCGUUGGUUGGCUUGCCAUCAUCUUGGUUCCAUGGGCACUUUCCCUCCCUUUCUUCCUCGCUGCCUCUCCCGCCCACCCGAUGACCAGCCAGGCCUUUCCUCUUCUCUUGGCCAUCAGCGUUACGAGCUCGUCACCCAUCCUUGCUCUCAACAUCCUCCUUCGCUCUCCUAUCCCGAUCCCCACCACCCUGUUCCCAACUCGUCGGAAACAACCUCCUUCCAUCAUUGGUCGCUCCCCGUCUCCUCUCAGUACUCUUCGCACGCCAGCUACAUCUUCGACUGACUUAAAACGCAGCAUCAGCGCCACUAUCGUUGAAGGUCGUCGUAGCACCGAUGUCUGGAUUGACAAAGGCGAAGCCGUCGCGGGCAGAGGUCGUAUUGGACGCGCCAUGGGCAUGCUGGUCCCCACUCCUAAACUCGCAGUCCUACCUCCCGAUGGCUCCCAGUACCAGAACUCAAGCCCCAUAACGCCCCCUCUUCCGAUUCAGGACCCGGCGAGAGCGGGAAAUCUAUUACCUACUCCUCAGAGUUCCUGUAGUGCAGAGGUGGGAAGGAAGUACGGAAGGGCGAGGAAGGAAUCGAGGCAUUCGUCACAUCUGUCCUCGGAUAUGUCGCACAUGAAGAUUAUGGUCGCUCAAAGACACUGCUCCGCCGUCGCCACCACCAUUCUUGUUCCUCCUUUGCCUGGGAAGGCCCCUUCGGCCGCCGGAGUCUCGACUGGUGUUUCAUCUACUCCUAAAGGUCGCAUUAAUCAUCACCUUCGCAGUCGCUCUGCUUCCUCGGUGGAGAGACCUCGGUUCCCUAUGACACCUCCCCCAUCUUCGCCCCUUCCUCCUACUCCUCCCAGCAAGGUUAAGCCUGGAGCUGCAGGUACCAUAAUCGAGAACGACAUGUCCGAGUUCAGCUUUGGGCCCGUUUGUAACGAUGAUUUGAAGGAGAUCGACGCGCUUUCCGCCGGCCUACUGCCACUACUCGUCCCUGGUCUCAAACUGGGUCCGGAUAUGAGGGUGAAAGAUACAGAGUGGUCUUCGUCUCCUGGAACAUGGAGCAAGAGCGCUGCGGCGAAGAACGCCGCGAGGAUGAGCAAGAAUAAGCUCAGUUCGAAGGAAGACGAGGAGUUUGGAUUCGCCAGUGGGGCGGACUUUUCGUCGCCACAGUUCCAUUCCACGCCGACGAGCAAGGCUGGUGCAAGAUCCCGGAAGAGUUCAGGCCAUAAGAAGGGAAAUUUCAGUUUGCCGAGCUUGUCACUUGGGAAGGAUGGCUUCCAUUCUCUUUCUUUCUGGAGGAACGAUACGAACGACGCUCUGGAGUUGAGGGCGCACGAGGCUCUUUUCUCUCAACGCAAGGCCAACGUCCCUCACACGUUCAAGACUACGGGAAAUAGGCCUCAUACUGUCAUUGGUGAACUCGACAUCACUCCUGAAGCCUCUCCCGAACCCGUUCACCCCCAAAACACGUACGAGCCCCGCGUCGCCAAGGACCAGUAUCUCAAUCCCGCCGGCACCCUCGCACCAUCCGAUAAACGCUCCAGCGUCCAGUCCAAUCCUCGUUCCUCCAUCUUGACGUUGAUCGCUGCGCUCGAGCAGCCGUAUGGUCCUGUUUCGUCUGCCGCCUCCGAUGCUACAUUAUUCGAUUUCGAUGGGGAGGAUGGGCCACUAGCGGAGAGUACGCCACCUCAGCACAAGCGCAAAAGCACCGCUUCGUCGCAAAUGUCGAAGAGCGCGAAGGCUAGUCGUCGUUCGGGCAUCAUAUACAUCAAGUCCAACGGAGACGACGCUUACUCCCCUUCCAACGCCGACCCUAAUGCCAGUAUCCUCGCCCCUCAAGAUGAAGCCCCCGCAUCUUCUGAAAGAUCACCUUACUGGUCCACGCGGACUGUACGACCGCUCGUGCUCAAGUCUGGCAAGAAGUCCUCGAUCUCAACUAAGACCGCGACCAAUUCCACUACCCUCUCGUCUCUAGGUUCUCCAUUGCCCGGCUCUGAUUCUCACGCGGAUUCCCACGUCAAGGGGGGCCUCCGCCCACUGUCGCUCUUGCAAGACCGCAACAAGAGUAGCGCAGACCGGACCGCCCCAAUCCCCGCCGACAUUACCACAGGAGCGAAGGUUGACACUCGUUCGUCUGCUCUCGGGAAGAGUAAACGGCAGUCUCAUUCGAAGAAGGGCCGAGUGACAGAGGAGGUGGAAAGUAGGGCUUCGAAGGGAAAGAAAGAUGAAAACAGUGAUGUCAGCGGGAGCUUAGCGAGGGAUGGGUCCUCGUCGAAGAAGGGCCACCGGAAGCUGCGUUCGCUGAAGCUGAUGAGGUCGGAUACAACGAAGGAAAGAGAAAAGCUGAGAGAGAGGGAGAUAUUGCCGGAUGUGGUUGUGAGGCCUCCCAGUACGUUCAUACAGCCUGAGUGGGCAAAGGGGUGGUAGGUGAGUCACUAUAAAAUGGUCUGGUGGUGAGUGUGGUUCAUGCGGACUGGACUCUGCGAUUUUGUUCAUGACUCUUCUCUGCAUUUGUGUUUAUAUACUCAGCUUUCGUCUCACGACCCUCACGGACUUUCAUUGCUUAUAUCAUCGCUUUCUCUUGUCACGACACGCUUCCAUCGCUUUGAUAGCCCGCUCAGCUUUCGUUGUCGAUAUGUCCUUUUUGCUCCACACUAUCUUCCCUACCUGUAGCAUACUUAGUUCGUCAAUAUUCCAUUUUUCUUAGACUUUCCUUGUCAAUAUCCGAACCGGUCUCACCACUUGUAGCAUAAUUGCACGCGUUCCCAUUUGGUCCUUGCAUUGUUCGAUUUCUGCUUAUAUCUUGACGUCUUCGCUUUCACUUUGUUUUGAUUUUUUCUCCUCAUCAUGACCCCUGCUAUCACACGUUCGUAUGUCGCUUUCAUGCCUUGUCGCCACGCUCUACUACACGCACAUG